UGGUGACUAUUACAUCACCAUUAGCGUUUACAAUCACACGUGUGUUCGGUGGACCGGAUCGCCCGUGUCAGUACACCGCUGCCUUCGAAAGAUGCAACUCAAUAUUUUGUUAAAUAACCUGUGAUACUAUGUGACUGUUCAUAUUUGUUCCUGUGCCUGCACUUUGUUUAUUACGGAGAUGAAGUUAUUAUUUCUGCUGCUAGCCUGCAUCAUCUCUACAUCUGCGAACAAAUGCAACGGGGUACUCUUCGACCAAAGAUAUUACGAGCCACAAAUAUUAAAGGAUGGCCUCAACAGAGUGAGACAACUCGUGUUCAACAGAAAGGAUAAUGACAUUUACUUCUUAUACAACCAAGGUGUUUUAAACUACUACGGUUCUGUAGGUUAUUAUAAUUUAAACACGAAAUUAGCUGGUUUCUUUAAGGAAAUUCGAAAUGCAACAAGUAUUUCUAUUGACGAGAAGAGAAACAGGAUUUAUAUAGGCAGUAUUGAUGGACUAUACGCUGUAGGGGAGAGAAGAAUACCUGAAAAGUUUCCCUUGUACGAACCGAUUCAGCAUUUGUUUUUUAAUAAUAUUUUAUACUUCACAAAUAUGAGAAAUAAAAUGUUUACAUUUGAUACAGACGGUGUUAGGAUAGUUGAAGACAUGAAGGAUUACACAGCAGACAGUUUUGUUGUGGACGGAGAUGGGAAUAUGUUGUUCACUAAUGGGAAGAAAUUGUUCAAAAUAAAAUUGGGAACAAGAUCCCCAGCCUUUGAAUUAGUCACACGUACUGUCACAGCUUUGUCUAAAGAUAUAGAAGAUAGGCUGUUCGCAGCAUCACUAGACGGCAUUUUCGUGUAUAAUAAAUACAAAUUUGCUUUAGACAAGAUAUCAAAUUUGCAUGAAAUUAAAGCUUUAACCUUUAAUAAUAUGUUGGAACCUAUUUAUGUGGUAUUCGAUCUUUUAGUUAAACUAAAAAAUCCCGUGAACUGUGUUGAAGAUACAUUCUUUGUGUGAUAUUAAAAUUAAUAUUGUAAUA